AGGAGAUGACCAGAGACUGCGGACACAGUACAGGAGAUGACCAGAGACUGCGGACAUAGUACAGGAGAUGACCAGAGACUGCGGCACAGUACAGGAGAUGACCAGAGACUGCGGACACAGUACAGGAGAUGGACCAGAGACUGCGGACACAGUACAGGAGAUGACCAGAGACUGCAGACAGUACAGGAGAUGACCAGAGACUGCAAACAUAGUACAGGAGAUGACCAGAGACUGCAGACACAGUACAGGAGAUGACCAGAGACUGCAGACAUAGUACAGGAGAUGACCAGAGACUGUAGUCAUAGUACAGGAGAUGACCAGAGACUGCGGACACAGUACAGGAGAUGACCAGAGACUGCGGACACAGUACAGGAGAUGACCAGAGACUGCAAACAUAGUACAGGAGAUGACCAGAGACUGCGGACACAGUACAGGAGAUGACCAGAGACUGCGGACACAGUACAGG